CGGCUGUGAGUUGACAAAAGACAAGUUGAACAGUUAGCAAUUUAUCCUUUUUUGUUAAAAACGUGUAAUAUUUCUUAUUCUUCACAUACACGGACGCUAAGGCACAAUUGAAAAUAAACGAUCCUAAAGUAAAAAUCAAUUAAAAACCAUGGCAGUCUUGCUGUUAUUCGGUAAAGCUGUGUUACGUCGCGCUGUAACGAGCGGUGAGCUGAUUAGAAUUGGUGCAAGCAACAUGGUACGACGCAGUCUGCAUUUGCAACAAAAUCAGGCAUUUGUUAAUGGAAAAUGGAUUGGUGCGGCAUGUGGUCAAACUUUCGAAGUAACAAAUCCAGCAAACGAAAAAGUUUUGGGAGCUGUUCCGGAUAUGGAUGUGAAUGACGUAAACAUUGCAAUAGAUUCGGCUUACGAGGCAUUUUAUUCUAAAGACUGGCACGCAAGCACAGCCAAAGAGAGGGCGGCGUUGUUGAAGAAAUGGUUUCAAUUAUUGGAAGCAAAUCGUCAGGAAAUAGCCCGGAUAAUGACCAGUGAGUCGGGCAAACCUAUUGCCGAAUCUUUGGGAGAGAUCACCUACGGGAACUCGUUCGUCGAAUGGUUUGCUGAGGAAGCUCGUCGCGUUUACGGGGAAAUCGUACCUACCCCACAAGCAAACCGACAAAUGAUGCUAGUUAAGCAGCCAGUUGGAGUCGCUGGUUUGAUUACACCGUGGAAUUUUCCGCAUGCUAUGAUUACUCGGAAAGCAGCAGCAGCCAUUGCAGCCGGUUGUACAGUUGUCAUCAAGCCAGCCGAGGAUACUCCGCUGACGGCAUUAGCAUUAACUAAGCUAGCCGAAGAAGCCGGAUUCCCUAAGGGUGUAUUCAACGUAGUAACUAGCAGUCGCAAAAAUGCAUCCAGCAUCGGAGAACUUUUGUGUAAAAGUGACAAAGUUGCGGCCAUUUCUUUCACUGGAUCUACAGAAGUUGGGAAACUGUUAUAUAAGCAAUGUGCGAACGGCAUUAAGCGGAUCGGCUUAGAAUUAGGAGGAAAUGCACCGUAUAUUGUGUUUGAUUCGGCAAAUUUAAAUAAAGCAGUUGAUGGAGCAAUGAAUUCAAAAUUUCGCAAUUGCGGUCAAACAUGUAUUUCUGCAAAUAGAUUUUUAAUUCAAGACGGAAUUUAUGAUCAGUUUAUAACUCGGUUGAUUGAAAGAGUGAAGGAGUUGAAAAUCGGCGAUGGCAGUCAAGAUGGCACACAAAUCGGUCCAUUGAUUAAUCGCUCUCAGCUCACUAAAGUUUCGCAAAUCGUAGAAAAUGCCAAACAGAAAGGAGCAGAGAUCGUUUACGGUGGACAUCCAUUGCCGAAGCAUGGAUCAUUAUUUUUCGAACCUACAAUUGUAACAGGCCUACGAGAUGAUAUGCGUUUGUAUAACGAAGAAGUUUUCGGGCCGGUUAUAUCGAUUAUUCGGUUUAAAACGGAAGAUGAAGCACUGAAGAUUGCAAAUGGAACUCGACGAGGAUUAGCUGGAUAUUUUUACAGCAAUGAUUUGAAUCAAGUAUUUCGAGUUUCAAAGCUACUAGAAACAGGAAUGAUAGGAAUAAAUGAAGGGUUAAUUUCAAGUACAGAGGCAGCUUUCGGCGGUAUUAAAGAAUCAGGCAUCGGAAGAGAAGGGUCGAAGUACGGAAUUGACGAAUAUGUUUAUGUUAAGUAUUUAUGCUAUGGAAAUUUGGAAUAAAAAAUAAUUUUAGAUAACAUUACAAGU